AUACACUACAAUGGCUGCUGGAAAGAGGCGUAAGGAAACAAUUUCCAGGCCCGCCGCGUCCAGCCCGAAAUAUGAGAAAAAAAUUAUUAGAAAUUCCGCGGGCGGUGUAAAGGCGGCGGACGGGCCGGAGGGAGGAUGUUAAAGCCCCGCGGUUGCCUCUCAGUGCUGCCUUGGUGGGAUUGGGCACCCAGAAUGCUUCAUUCUAUGAUGAUCUAUUAAUAAGGUGACCUUGCUAGAGUUUGGAACAGGGCCUCAGAUUGGCCAAAAUGGGAAGGGCUGGAUUCUGCUCUCUUCCACGAAGAGUUAAUGGGACUGGCUAAGAUCAAAGUCUGAGGCUUUUUCCAUCCUUAAUCAGUCCCUUUUUGCUUUCUUUUACGACCACAUGAAACUUGAGAAGCCACCUAAAGCUAUAUCACUUAGUGGAGUUGGGCAGUUCCCAGGUGUCCAACAAGAAGGCCUGGUUUAGGCUGCGAUGGCCACUGUCAUUCCUGGUGAUUUGUCAGAAGUAAGAGAUACCCAGAAAGCCCCUUCAGGGAAACGUAAGCGUGGUGAAACCAAACCAAGAAAAAACUUCCCUUGCCAACUGUGUGACAAGGCCUUUAACAGUGUUGAGAAAUUAAAGGUUCACUCCUACUCUCACACAGGAGAGAGGCCCUACAAGUGCACACAACAAGACUGCACCAAGGCCUUUGUUUCUAAGUACAAAUUACAAAGGCACAUGGCUACUCACUCUCCUGAGAAAACCCACAAGUGUAAUUAUUGUGAGAAAAUGUUUCACCGCAAAGACCACCUGAAGAAUCACCUCCACACCCACGACCCCAACAAAGAGACCUUCAAAUGCGAGGAGUGCGGCAAGAGCUACAACACCAAGCUCGGCUUCAAGCGGCACUUGGCCCUGCACGCUGCCACCAGCGGCGACCUCACCUGCAAGGUGUGUUUGCAGACUUUUGAAAGCACGGGCGUGCUCCUGGAGCACCUGAAGUCGCACGCCGGCAAGUCCUCUGGGGGCGUGAAGGAGAAGAAGCACCAGUGCGAGCAUUGUGAGCGCAGGUUCUACACCCGGAAGGACGUCCGGAGACACAUGGUGGUGCACACGGGGAGAAAGGACUUCCUCUGCCAGUACUGUGCACAGAGAUUCGGACGGAAGGAUCACCUCACUCGACACAUGAAGAAGAGUCACAACCAAGAGCUUCUCAAGGUCAAAACGGAACCGGUAGAUUUCCUGGACCCUUUCACCUGUAACAUGUCUGUGCCUAUAAAAGACGAGCUCCUGCCGGUGAUGUCCUUACCUUCCAGUGAACUCUUGUCCAAGCCAUUCACAAACACUUUGCAGUUAAACCUCUAUAACACUCCAUUUCAGUCCAUGCAGAGCUCCGGAUCUGCUCACCAAAUGAUCACAACCUUACCUUUGGGAAUGACGUGCCCCAUAGAUAUGGAUGCUGUUCAUCCCUCCCACCAUCUUGCUUUCAAAUGCCCGUUCAGUUCUACCUCAUACGCAAUCUCUAUUCCUGAAAAAGAACAGCCAUUAAAAGGGGAAAUUGAGAGUUACCUGAUGGAGUUACAAAGUGGUGCGCCCUCUUCCUCCCAGGAUUCUCAAGCGUCGUCAUCUAAGUUAGGGUUAGAUCCUCAGAGCGGGUCCCUCGAUGACGGUGCGGGGGACCUCUCGCUGUCAAAGAGCUCUAUUUCCAUCAGUGACCCCCUCAACACACCAGCAUUGGAUUUUUCUCAGCUGUUCAAUUUUAUACCAUUAAAUGGCCCUCCUUACAAUCCUCUGUCCGUGGGGAGCCUCGGGAUGAGCUAUUCCCAAGACGAAGCGCAUUCUUCUGUUUCUCAGCUGCCUGCCCAAACACAGGAUCUCCAGGAUCCUGCGAGCUCCGUGGGUCUCGGUUCUCUGCACUCGCUCUCGGCGGCGUUCACGAGCAGCCUGAGCUCGAGCACCACCCUGCCCCGUUUCCACCAGGCCUUCCAGUAGGGCCUGGCGGCAGGUUCGAGAGGGAGGAGCGCGUGUAGCCCCGCCCUCGCUGACCGUUUUAUCUUAGUGCCUACUUUAAGACAAUACAAAAACUUCUGCUUUUGUAUAAUAUCAGGUUUCACGAAGCCAGUAAAUAAUAGGAACUAGCCUCUUCGGUAAGCUUUGAAACCAUUCAUUGUUUAAUAUGUUUGCCGUUUCUCCCGAUUUACUGCCAGUUGUCAUAGUCUCAGAGUUUUAUUUCAUAUAGGAGCGCCAUUAUUAUCAUUAAAUUCUUCAGGUCCUGUGUUCAAAUUACUAUUAGACUUUAAAAUUUUCAUUUUUGUCUAAUAGCAUUGGGCAUCGGACAUUUGGCUCAUUUUUUUUUGCAAAUAUGCAAUACAAUGUAAAUCUUAUGUAGCAUGUGUGAAUAGCUGAGGUGUUUUACAUGUUUUGCUAGCCACUAAAUAGAUUCAUGAUCAAGUGUUUUAAAGAAAUCGAGAAUCCAGCUUGGGGAGAUUAUAGUGGUUUCUUAAAUAUGCCAU